GACGAAAGCCAAGUCUGACCUCACGCGCUCAUUAGCCCUCUCUACUGUAAUGGGCGGCAAAGUAAGGUGUGCCGUCUGCCUUGACGACUUCACGAUUUCAGAGUUCCGCUUUCUGACGUGUGGGCACGGGCUUUGCGUCUCCUGCGCUGAGCAUCCUGCCACGAAAUCCACCUGUGCUGUCUGCCGUGAAACGAAAGGAGAUGGACAGCGGUUCAAGGUUUCUUCACCAUGGCAGAGACGACAAACGAGGCACAGUCGGUGACGCAAAGCCUCGACAUGAUUGGACCGCAAUCGAUGGCUAUGACCAUUCAGAAGGGCGGAAAGAAGAUCGAAAGGGUGGUUGCGUCAAUUCCGGAAGAUCAAAUCGACGAGGGAUAUGUCGAACUGGAUGAGCGACUUGCACCUUUGGCAUCGGAGCUGGAGCUGAUGAAGAACCGGUGCAUAGAACAAGCAGAGGAGAUGGUGGAGCUCAGACGUCGCUUGCAAGAGCAGGAAACCAAAGCUGCUGAGGUACCACUCCUUCGGCAAUCGGUCGCCGCUGCAAGAAGCGACUGGCAGGUUGCGGUACAAGAAAGGACGCAAGCUACUGCGGUUCUAUCGAGGGAACGAGCUGAGAAUGCUCGUCUGCAGCAGGCGGUUCAGACGCAGGUGGCUGGAGUGAGAGCCAAGGAGGAAGAAGUCGAGAAGCUGCAGGGCAAGCUUACAAGGCGGGACAAAAGGCUGGCGUUACUGGAAAAGAAGCUCAAGGUCUUGACACGCACUAUGAAGCACCCUCGAACUGCCCCUGCCGAGGACCCGGACGACUCUCUUCAGAUAGAGAAUUCGGUAGAGAUUGUCCGCAAGUCCAAUGAUUGGAUCGACAAGCGACUAGGAGGCGGCGACGAGUUUGUUGUUGUUGACACUUUCCGCGAUGUAGUCACCUCCUUCAUGCCGCACGAUGACCAACCCGAGGAGCCCAAACCUCGUUCAAAAUGGCUCCCAAUCACAUUGCCUAAAAACCGACGCACCCGCUCGUUUUGCGUUCGCCAUCCCGACGUCCCGCUUGCAUCAACGAAUGCUGAUCUUCCUUCCACAUCCUAUGCAUCUCCGAAGGACUGGGACGACGACGACAAUUGGGGCGUCCCCCCAACAAAACUUGAUCCUAACGACAAGUUCAACCCUGCGCUCCAUACGGUACGCGCAUUCGGCAUCGCGACGGCCAUUGUCGGAACACUGGCCUUUGGAGGGAUUUGGGGCUUGAGGGAGUAUCUGGGUGUGGAUAACAUGGAUGAUCUGAGCGCCGAAUUCCGGCUGGGCGUCAUGAACAGGAUGCCCAACCUGGCUGAAAAGAUGCGCAACGCUCUUCAGUUUGGUUCCUCGAGCGAAGAACCAGAUCCAGCGGCCGGUGGUGAUGAGAGGUCCCCGUGGACCUGGGAUGAAGCGCAGGAUCGGUUGGCAGCGGCUUACGACAAGGGCGGAAUAGAGGCCUGGGCCAACGUCGCGGCGCAAGAGGUCGCAGAUGAGGCGAAAUUAGAGAUGAAGCGUCGGGAAGAACUGCAGAAACGAUGAUGCUUCUAUCAGUUUGUGUAUCAAAAGCACCACCACUCCAAUGCUCUGUUACAGUGAGAAGGCUUCUGUACGAUAUAUUGGCCAAGUGGGUCUCGCAUUGCUCCUUUGAGUUGCGCGCGAACAGCCAUUUUACACCUCACACGCGACUGAGUGCACCAUUUGACACGGAUCGUGAAAUCUCACGGAGACAACCGGACCGGCGGCUGUCUCUGUUGCGUCACUACGUCCGUCGCAUCAGACUGAACAACUCACGAGUAACUUGCACCAUUUUGAAUCAUCCCGGGAAGAAGCAAGAUUUCGGGCUGUUCUCGUGCUCUCGAGAUCUGCUAGCCGUCGCGUCCUGAAGGUGACAUUCCCGCCGACGACUUCUUGCGCAUAUGCCCCCAUCUCUUCGAGCGGCGUCCAAUCCCCGUGUCGGCCAAGUACUGGCCUACGAGACCCUCAUCUGAUUCCGACUCGCGCGGGCACAGACGGACGGAUCUGUCGAGGCAUCCUCGCCAAAACUCUAGAUUGGACGGGACUCGCGCGGGGACGGAGUCGGAACUAUUUCGCGACUUGAGAUAGGAGCGUUGGAAGAUAACAGCAUGCUCGACAUUAGAUGCACGAUAUGCUCUCAUCAUCGUCCUUCUCGCCGCAUGCCCUUCUGCCAAGACGGCGCGCCGUCGCAAAGAAAGAACGCGACAUAAAAGCAGACCACGGCAAUCGCUUUCGACAGCUCACUUUGGGCCUCUCCGAAGACAAGAUGGCAUUCAGCAAAUCUCUGACCGUUCUUGCCGCGGUGGCGGUCGCAGCUGCGAAGGGCCUAACGGUGCUGCACACGCGGACGUAGUCCCCUCGGGCUUCGUUAACCUGGGCCGCGCCCGUCAACGAUCAACUGACGCUGCGCUUCGGUCUCGCGCACACUGAUGCUGCUGGGCUGCAGACCAAGCUGCAGGAGGUCUCGACGCCUGGGAACGCGAACUUCGCCAGUGGUUGUCGAUGGAAGAGAUCAAGACUUACAUGGAGCCUUCGGCUGAGACCGUGGCGGCUUUCCAGGCUUUUGCCUCCGCCAACGGAUUGAACACAAGCAGCAUCUCUCCUAACGGCGACUGGUUCUCGAUCACUCUUCCCGUCUCGCGCGCCAAUGAAUUGUUCGAUGCCAACUUCGAGCUUUUCCCAUGCAAAGCUGGACACUCAGAUCGCGCGCACACAUGUCUGUCUCCCUGCCUGCCGAGAUUGUGGGCAUCGUGGAUGUGAACCCCCCGUCCACCUCAUUUGCCGAGCCCGCAUCCGACUUGCUCCGUCGCCGAUCGAACUGAGCGGUGUGCAGCGGAUAAGCGGGCCGUUGCCAGCUCGUGCGACAACGACUGUCCCGAGCGGCAUCAUCACUCCCACUGUCUGCAAGAUCUACGGCAUCCCCGCAACUCGCGCCACCUCGAAGAACAACUCGCUGUUGGUCACCGGAUACUCUUUCGAGUAUGCCCGCAAGGCGAUCUGAAGGCGUUUUUGAAAACCAACCGUCCUGACAUCUCAUCCUCGACGACAUUCGCUGUCCAGAACACCGCAGGGGGUACCAACCCGCAGGGUGUGAACGAUGCCGGUGGGGAAGCCGACUUGGAUAUCGAGUAUACCGUCGGCGUGGCAACCGGGGUGCCGACUACCUUCCUUUCCGUGGGAGAACUCGACUUUUACACGGCGUUGCUCGACACGACAACGGAUGUCGACGGCCUUAGCAGCCCACCGACAGUUAUGACUACCUCUUAUGCGUCUGGAUGAAACUGGCUCGAUACCUCUGUGCAAA